AUGCCAACGUUUGCUCCAAUAAACCGAAAUUCUUUUACAUUUCUGUACGCCAACAAGUGGUCUGUUCCAGGGAUGAAUUAUCAGAGAUGUCCCAGACACUCUAUAAUUCAAUACUGCAACCUCAUCGACCACCUUGGGCCAGAUGAUUUUGUCUGGAUGCCGUACGAGGGUCUCGACCACCAGCCCGACCCCAAUGAUGUUGCUGUGUGGACAUCAAGAACACCCAUAAUUAGGUUCACUACGGUGGAGAUGCACCAAAGUGACCGGGUGAAGCUACAAUUUGGGAUGCAUCAGAAUAUUCCAGAUGCUCCGGUAGAGUUGGGGCAGUGGCAUCAAAAGCGGGUGGACUCGCAGUGGAGUGUCAGUGAUUGGAAGGAGUUUGCGAAGGAGUUGUGUAAACACAGAAAGAGAAGAAGGCAACACGUCUUAACCGACCGUAUUGUGCACGGGGCUAGGCCAAGUCUUCAAUAUAUGACUUGGUUUAGGUCUGUCACGACAUCUCAGCCAUUUCUGUCCCAGCCAACAUAUUUGGUCGACCCAAGGCAACGCGCUUCUUCGUCCAACACACAACAACAGUCCAGUGCCCAAAAUCAGCCUUACCAUAACCCAUACAUGUCCCCAAAUGCCCCCCAUCAACCACCAUACCAUGACCCAUACAUGCAACCCACCCAGUCCCAGCCUCAACCACCAUACCAUUAUAGCCCUGAUACGUCUUUUGAGCCUACCCCCUCCGCCUAUAGCCCAGACAACUCAUUUGACCCUACCCUCUCCAACUACCCCUCCAACUAUAGCCCAAACAACUCAUUUGACCCUACCCUCUCCAACUACCCCUCCAAUUAUCCACUAUUUGACUACCACACCCCACAACAACCAACACACUAUUUCCAACCCAAUUCGAUGUACGAAUUCGGAAAACCAUAUCGUCCAUACACCACCCAACCUCCCCGACAAUCCUUCGAAAACAUGGGCAUUGAGCUAAACUACGGAAGCGCCGUUGAUAGUGGACCUCCCGACUAUUGGGGUCAAAUGCUGCAAAAUCUAUCUGAUACGUCGGGACCGUCCCAACAAAACCCUCCUCAACAACUCAACACACAACGACCAGACACACCACAACAACCUCGUCGUAGACCUCGUCGCAACGCGCAUCCCCCGCAGUGUGGCACCGGUGGUCGCUUGGAUAGAGCCGACCAUUAA